CGCGCGGGCAGAGCGCAGCUGCUGCGGAGCCAGAGCACCGGGACCGGGAGCGGACACAUCGCGGUGACGGCAGAGCGACACCAGACGGACCGACAAAUGGUUCUCGGCAGCAGCUCCAGUGUUCUGUGUGUGCUUCCUCCCGAGUCCACCAUGCCGAUCGACACCACCGUACCCCUGUACCUCUGCAACGAGGAGUUUUCCUACAGGAAGUCUGCUAAAACCUGUAAGCCUGCUCUGAGGUUCCAGCUCUCGCACCGACUCGAUCAGGCGGAGCUCGAGGAUGGCAGAUGCUCAAGUAAAAACGAGACCAAAGCCAAAAAACGGGUGACGUUUGCUGACCACAAAGGCCUGGCUCUGACCAAGGUGAAGGUGUUCUCUCCGUUCAGCGAGUCCAUCGACAUCCCCGUGAACAUCCAGGAGAUGCUGAGCUCGGCUCUCUCGCUCACGGCCGAGGAGGACCGGCUGGUGCUGGGCUUUACUCAGCCCUCCUCGGACUACCUGCUGUUCCGUCAGCGCCUGGAGCAGAACCUCGUCUGCCUCGAGCACUGCUUGCUGAAAGAGAAGGCGUUCGCAGGAACCGUUAAAGUCAGAAACGUGUCCUUUGAGAAGUCGGUGAAGGUGCGGGUGACCUUUGACUUUUGGAAAAGCCACACGGACGUAGACUGUGUGUACAUGAAGGACUCGUAUCCCAGCCUGCACCACGACACCUUCUCCUUCGAAGUGUCUCUUUCCAGCGAGCUGAAGCCGCACGAGCGCAUCGAGUUCGCCGUCUGUUACCAGGUGGACGGCUGCGAGUACUGGGACAGUAACCAGGGCAACAACUACAGCAUCAUGUGGUCCUCGAUGAAGAGUGCCCAUCAGCAUAUCUGCAGCAGCCCCUCCUUUGAGUUUGGGGUUCACUUUGACCGAUACGGCAGCCCCACAUGUUCGCACGGGAUCUUCCCUGAUUGGCCGGGUUACGCUGGGUACGAGAACAUCGGCCCGUACUACUGAGCGCGCUCACUCUGGUUUUAAAGCACCUGCUGUCGUGAGAGGACAGCAGCGUGUGCUGCACAUCACACACGUGCAGACUCUCAGUUUUAGCAACAUGCCUCAGUAUUGGUUUUU